GGAAAAGCGUGGACGCAAGCCAAACAGAAACUCACUUUCAAUUCUUUCUCUCAACUUUUUUUUUUAAAUAAUUUAAUUAAAAAUAAAUUUAGUAACAGCUUCAAAAAUUAUCUGCAAAAAUGUUAUGUGGUCGUCCAUUUUAACUGAUUUUCGAAGACUCUUCUUCUCUUCUCCGUUCUCAGCCGCUUCCCUCCAACACCAAACAUUCGCACCGUCAAAAUGAACUUAAUUCACACAACUUGCAUAAGUCAACCUCAAUUCGCACCUUCUCCGGUCUCUGUCCAUGGUGUGCCGCAAAGAAGCAAGAAACUGUCGGUGGUCAGAGUCUCUAAUUUCGCCGCGUCGACGACGGAAGUUGGCGUAGAUAACGGAACAGCCAGGAGGAGCUUAACGUCUUCGACCGACUCCAAGAAUAAGUCGUUACCGCCGGGGAAGUCUAGCAGUGCCAUGGAGCAACUUGAUAUCGAGCGCGGCGUUUGCAUCCCCUUUCGAAAGUACUCUCCCGAGACAGUGAGGAAUACGGUACUGGAAUCUCGAGGGGCAGUUGCAUCACUUAUUCUACGUGGUGUGGAGAUAGUGUGGAAUUUGGGGCUGUACUGGUCUUCUUUGAUGUACGAUUGUUUAGUUGGGAGGGAUGAAGAGGUUGUUCCAUAUCGAGCUCGCCAACUUAGGAAUCUCCUAUGUAAUCUCGGACCAUCUUUUAUCAAAGCUGGCCAGGUUUCUUGUGUUCACUCUUCAAACUGUUGUUUUAAAUGAUUCUUGUAGUUUCUUACUUGCUUGAACUCCUACUUGAAG